UAGGAAAGGAAGGGGUGUCGGUGGAGAGGGCUGCAGCCAGAGCCUCAGGCCGCCAUUGGAACUGUCACAUUCUAGGCGGCAGAGCGUGCACACAGGAAGCAGUAGACACAGUCUAUACCCACAGAGGGAUCUGGCCGUGAUUGAUGAAUUACACCUCCCAGCUGCUAAACCCAGUGGAAACUGCUCUUCCUGACCACGCCAACUCCCAGGAGACCCAUGGACAUCUGAGAGGAUGAUGCAGCCAGCCCACAGACAGUGGGAGCCCCCCAAGCGCUGAGGGGCUGCCCUGUAGCCCUCUCCAUCCCUACCCUCAGGCUGCCCCAUGAUGGCCUGCAACAGCACCACCUUCCAGCCCUAUGAGCACCUGCAGCUGAACGCAAGCAACGCCUCAGACUUGGGCUCCACACCACUGUCCGCCCCCCUCAGAAUCUCCCUGGCUGUCCUGAUGCUACUGAUGAUGGUGGUGGGCUUCCUGGGCAACACAGUGGUCUGUGUCAUCGUGUACCAGAGGCCAGCCAUGCGCUCUGCCAUCAACCUGCUGCUAGCCACCCUGGCCUUCUGUGACAUCAUGCUGUCUCUGUGCUGCAUGCCCUUCACUGCUGUCACCCUCAUCACUGUCCACUGGCACUUCGGGGACCACUUCUGCCGGCUCUCAGCCACAUUGUACUGGCUUUUUGUGCUGGAAGGCGUGGCCAUCCUGGUGAUCAUCAGUGUGGACCGCUUCCUCAUCAUUGUCCAGCGCCAGGAUAGGCUGACCCCACAUAGGGCCAAGGGCAUCAUUGCUGUGUCCUGGGCGCUGUCCUUCUGUAUUGCCAUCCCCUCACUAUGGGGCUGGACGGUGGUGGAGGUGCCAGCUCGUGCCCCACAGUGCGUGCUGGGCUACACUGAGCUCCCAGCCGACCGUGCCUACGUAGUGACACUGGUGGUGGCUGUGUUCUUCGUGCCCUUUGGUGUCAUGCUCUGCUCCUACCUGUGCAUCCUCAACACAGUGCGCAAGAAUGCAGUACGAGUGCACAACCAGUCAGACAGCCUGGACCUGCGGCAGCUGACCCGGGCUGGCCUGAGGAGGCUGCAGCGGCAGCAGCAGGUCAGCUUGGACCUGAGCUUCAAGACCAAGGCCUUCACCACCAUCCUCAUCCUCUUUGUGGGCUUCUCACUCUGCUGGCUGCCACAUUCCGUCUACAGCCUGCUGUCGGUGUUUAGCAGGAGCUUUUACUACAGCUCCUCCUUCUACACUGCCAGCGCCUGCAUCCUGUGGCUCAGUUACCUCAAGUCAGCCUUCAACCCCAUAGUCUACUGCUGGAGAAUCAAGAAGUUCCGUGAGGCCUGCAUUGAGCUGCUGCCACAGACCUUCCACAUCCUCCCCAGAGUGCCUGAGCGGGUCCAGAGGCGGAUCCAGCCGAGCACAGUCUAUGUGUGCACCGAGAACCAGUCCGCUGUCUAAGGCGUGGGGCUUCCGGCAGCCUGAGUCUUCGUCUGUGUUUUGUGGUGCCUGUUUAAGCACAAAAGUACUCAUGUAUCACCUGAUGGGCUGUGGUACCCAAGUUCCAAAUUCUGGCAAGGUGAAUUCAUUAUGUUUCUCAUUGAAAAAGAACCAUGGCAGGUCCGGUGAGAGCUGCAAGGUCAUCAGACACAUGGGGAGUGGACUUCAGAGAGCUAGGAAAGGGUGAAGGGGAGGCAGGCAGGGCAGGGUGCUGCUUGUGGUAUCCACGGAGCCCCUCAGACCGCCGGUGCCAGGUUCUGACCCCAGACACCCACGGAGGCUCAGCCACAUCCUGGGCUGUCGUUCAUUCCAUUUGCCACCAGCGUUCUUCUGAGUUACUUAGGGUUGAGGAGUCUGGAGUUUCACACAGGACUGAUUACAUUGGUCAGAUGAUCAUUCCUGACAGUGCCAAAUUACCUUUCCUAAAAAGGAAUGGACUUCACACUAGGAAGCAGAGGUGUGAGCCCUGCGCUUGAGUCCCUGGAGUGUCUUGGAGCCCGGAGUGGCUCCACAUGUGGAAGGUGCUCUGGGUUGCUUGGCUGCAACGAGAAGGCUUCUGGGUGCUCGUCUGGCCCCUCACCUGGCCAUGCCCAACCCCCUGCCCUCUGCUGCCCCCGCCAUCCUUCUCAGCAUUCUAGACACCACACCCUGGGUUCACGCAAGAGCAAGUGCCCACAGUGACUUGCUCUGUUUACAUGUUUCCUUACACACCCCGGGGAUCUCCAGAGCCUUGAAGAUGACCGAAUCCAUGCCAGCAAGGGAACCACUGCAGGGGCAGGACAGACAGAGCCCAUGGGCUGGGCGGUGCCAGGUUCCCACGGUCGCUGCUUCUCCUACCUCACUCUCACGCCCACUGCUGCUUUGGGGCCCCAUCGUAGGUCGGGAUCUAGGAGCGCAGCUGCCCAGAGGGCACCUUUCUUGAGCCCUGCACAAAGCCGCACAUUGCCACCACAAGCUUCUCAUGCUGGGCGGUGACCCCAUGAGCUCUCUGCCCAGUCAGAUCUGAAGAGGGUGAGGCAUUAAGGAGAAGCUCAGAGAAGCUGGCUCCAGGUCUGACCCCAUCAGGGACUAGUUGGGUGCCCUUUGUUCUUUCCACCUCCUUUUUCUGGCUCUCAGAUUUCCCAUUUGCCAAGUAAGGAAGCCAGUCUAGAUGACCUCAAACUCUGAUUCUAAUGUGGGUUUGUUUUGUUUUUUUUUUGUUUUGCCAUCAGCAGACCCCUGCAUUCAUUUAUCCAUCCAUGCAGCAAGCAUGUAUUAAGCACCUUCUUAUGUAAGGCAAUCUGGGGGUGAAGGAGGACUUGAGGCAUGGGCCUAGCCCAGAGGCAGCAUUGAGAAGUCCAUCCAGCUCCCUACCUCUUUCUUUCCAGCUCCCCAUCCUUUUUCUUUUUUUU